AUGCUCUCCCAGCGUGCUCUCCUGCGCGCUGCGCCGCGUUUCGUGCGCACCCCGGCUGCCCGAACGACCGUCCGAUCGAGGUUCUACAGCGAGGUCAAGCUGGAGGGAAACGCGGACAACGCCUUCAACCGCGAGAGGCUGGCUGUCAAGCACCACGCCGCUGAGACAAGUGGCCUUUGGCGCAAGCUUUCCAUCUACGUGGUCAUCCCUGCUCUCGCCAUUGCCAGCGCCAACGCCUACAAGCUGUGGGUCGAGCACUGGGAGCACGUAGCUCACGCGCCGCCAAAGUCCGAGCUGCCCGAGUACUCGUACCAGAACAUCCGAACCAAGAACUUCUGGUAUGGUACUGGCGACAAGACCUGGUUCUGGAACGACAAAGUCAACUACCACAAGAACGCUCCUGAGGAGUAAAGGGUCUUCCUUCCUCCCACACCAUCCACCAGCAGUCAAGCACGGUGGCAAUUGUACAAAGAUCAGAUUCAGCGGGGUAGAGUGCCUUCAGCUAGGCACGGGGCGGUGGCAGCGGGCCUGAGUAUGCGUUGCGAAACUGUGACAUAGCUAUCUCAUUGAGUUGUCGAUUUACCUUCCCUGAUGCUUUGAACUGUGACCGCGGUUUCGUCGAGAUCUCAUGAUAAUAUCCAGUAACGAUAUCUGCUCAGCAAGUAUGUGAACGUAGCUCGAGAGAACGGGCGCGCAACACAUGUACUAACUGCUCGCUGUUGCUUAUAUGGCCU